AUGGCUGAAACGGUUUUGGAAUUGGGCAUAGUGGUUCAUUCUGUAAUUAUUGGAAUUUCCUUGGGUGCUUCCGAAAGCCCAUCGACAAUAAGGCCUCUUGUAGCUGCCUUGAGAUUUCAUCAGUUCUUUGAAAGCAUAGGUCUUGGUGGAUGCAUUGUUCAGGAAAGAUUCAAAGCCCAAGCCAUGGUUGUCAUGGUGCUCUUUUUCUUCCUGACCACACCGGUUGGGAUGGCCUUGGGCAUUGGGAUAUCGUCGGUUUACGACGAGAAUAGCCCAACAGCUCUAAUCGUGAAAGGGGUCUUCAAUUCACCCUAA